CUGACACCAGGGAGGAACCUGAACUUGUUGCUAAGGAGACUUUGUGAUCUCAAUUCUCGAAGAUGCCAGGAGACCAUUUUCAUCCAUUUUCUGGAUCUUCUUGAGAAGUGUGAGAUCUAGCUGGACGAGCAUCAGUAAUACUAUUUACCCAUAGCCAAACCAUGUAGUUCGUGAUUGGAGAGGUUCCAUGUGGGUGUGUAGUUGUCUUUUUUUGGUGACACCCAACCACUGGGUAGACGAUGGUAGACUGGUCUAUUUUCCUUCAGACUGGUCUCCCAUGUCUUUGAUGCACAUCCAUGUCUUGGCACCAUCCGUUGGGUCCGCAGCAGCGCAGCAUCCGUGGUGUUCCAACGCCUUCCCCGGUCGGACUGCUUCGGCCGGCGGCGACAGCCAUGGGUUCAUCGAGCCGUGGGGUUCCGCGAGCCGUGCGCGCAUGGCUGCACCAUCCAAAGCCCGUGGACCUCACGGAGCAGUGGCAGAACUAUUUGGGGCUUUGUGGCACCUGGCAUGGCACCUGGCAACGGCUCUCGGUGGAGGGACCCUCGCUGAAAUCCGCCCAGCGCUUUCGAGCCACCUGCGCCCCUUGUGUGGCGGCGGAUGGCGAAUCGGUGCAUCAUGUGAACCGCUAUCCACCGGAGGUGGCGCCCAAGCCGGGGCUUUUGGGCUCGGAUGGGAUGAUGGAAGUGGAUUUUGGGCAGAUGAACAAGAGCAACUUCUUACAACCCUUUGGCCCUCGCUCCUCGGCCUCCUAUGGCUCCGGCUGGGCGGCUCUGUACCCCUCCUCCUGGCAGACGGAGCGCUUGGCGGUGGAGCUGAUCUCACGGGUGGGCGCCCAACGGCACCGGCUCAUUGCGAUGUGGCAACGAAAGGAUGAGGACGUGGCGUUGACGAUGCUGACCUCCAUCCGCGAGUCCCAAGCGGACGGGUCCGAGCGCGUCUUCGGAACAGGGUCUUCGGAGCACGGUGAGGAGCAUGUGGCGGAGCAGGUCGAGGAGGACUGGUACACCUUGAGUCCCUCCACCUUCGCUCUGGUGCCACGUCAGCUUUCUUCAUCUGGUGACUUUCAGAUCGGCCUAGCGUGGGCGACGGCAUCAGACGACGCAUGGAAUGGGCUCAUUGCCAACUUUUCUCAGCAUUUACAAAGCGUUCAGCUUCCAAAGUAGUUCUCGGUCAAGCCGCCCGCGACGGAGAUCAACCCGAAAAGUCGAGCGAGUCGACUCCGACCUGGUCAUGAGAUGGAGGACUGGGAGGAACUCGAUGAUGUUCUUCGUCGGUUCUGCAGACCCGCUGCGUUCUGCCUUUCAAUCGCUGUACGUUCUUUGGGCUCACUGGAGGCGUCGUUCUCAGCGCGAUGCUGUGAAAA